GGUCGCUGUAUAGUUCCGCUACACUGUUUUGGUGUUGGAUAAAGAGCUUCGUUCAACUAGCAUACUACUAGCCAAACAAGCCAACUUCCAAACAAAACGUAUUGGGGUUAAAUAAAGACAUAAUGGCCUCAGACUCUCCGCGCAGACCAAGUCGCUGUGCUGGAGGGGUUGUGGUACGAGCACAGGCUGCCACGGAGCAGUCAUAUAUGGAAAGUGUUGUGACAUUCCUGCAAGAUGUUGUCCCACAGGCAUAUACUGGAGCGCCCCCUACGGAUGAGAAAGAGAAAAUUAUCUGGGUUCGAUUUGAAAAAGCUGACAUCAAUGACACGGCUCGCUCUCCAGAGUUCAUGGAAAUGCAUAGCGGCAGCAGCGAACCCCCUCUCUGCCUGAUGAUUGGCUACUCUGACGGGAUGCAAGUCUGGAGCAUAUCGUUGAGUGGCGAGGCCCAGGAGCUGUUCUCUGUGCGCCAUGGCCCAGUGCGAGCGGCCCGCGUCCUGCCAGCUCCCCUCAUCAAUCCUCUGAAUGUGGACGGUUUUGCAGACAAGAGACCGCUACUGGGGGUGUGCAAGAGUACCUCAGGAACAAGCCCCCCGUACUGCUGUGUGGACCUGUACUCUCUACGGACAGGGGAGAUGGUCAAGUCUAUUCAGUUCAAAACACCCAUCUACGACCUACACUGCAACAAAGAGAUUCUGGUUGUUGUCCUGCAAGAGAAGAUAGCUGCAUUUGAUAGCUGUACCUUCACCAAAAAAUUCUUUGUUACAAGCUGCUACCCAUGUCCUGGUCCCAACCUAAACCCGAUAGCCCUCGGAGGCCGCUGGCUAGCCUAUGCAGAGAACAAGCUGAUCCGCUGUCACCAGUCACGAGGAGGCGCCUGCGGUGACAAUGCCCAGUCCUACACAGCCACCGUCAUCAGUGCUGCUAAAACUCUAAAGACAGGUUUAACUAUGGUGGGCAAAGUUGUGACCCAGCUGGCUGGCACCCUGCCAGCGGGCACCCCAGACGAGGAGGGGACACCGCACAGCGCCACGCGGCGCAGCCCUCACGCCCCCGGAGUCGUCACCGUCAUUGACACGCACACCGUCGCAGAAGGACAGGUCCUGGUGAGUGAGGAUUCUGAUGGAGAAGGAGUUGUGGCCCAUUUCCCAGCCCACGAUAAGCCCAUAUCCUGCAUGCAGUUCAACCCCAGUGGCAUGCUGCUGGUGACGGCCGACACGCUGGGCCACGACUUCCACGUCUUCCAGGUCCUCACGCACCCCUGGGCCUCGUCCCAGAGCGCGGUGCAUCACCUCUACACCCUGCACCGCGGGGAGACGGAGGCAAAGGUCCAGGACAUGUGCUUCAGCCAGGACAGCCGUUGGGUAGUGAUCAGCACGCUGCGCGGCACCUCUCACGUCUUCCCCAUCAACCCCUACGGCGGGGCGCCCUGCGCCCGCACACACAUGUCGCCGCGGGUGGUCAACCGCAUGUCGCGCUUCCAGAAGAGCGCCGGCCUGGAGGAGAUGGAGCAGGAGCUGAGCAGCAAGCAGGCGGGGGCGGGAGGAGGACUAGGCGGAGGCGGGGUCGGGGGCCGCUGCAGCCCCAUCCCCGGGCUCUCCAGCAGCCCCUCGGGGUCCCCGCUACACGUCAAACUUACCAGCCAGGAGUCGUUCAACAACUUCACCAACAACAACAUGGGCAACCCUCGGCUCUCCCCUCUCCCCAGCCUCACCAUGGUGCUCCCCCUGGCACAGAUCAAGCAGCCCAUGACCUUGGGCACCAUUACCAAGCGUACCGGACCCUACCUCUUUGGGGCAGGAUGUUUUGCCAUUAAAACUCCAUGCAAAGCCAAGCCUCCACCUCAGAUCUCUCCUAGCAAGUCCAGCGGAGGGGAGUUCUGUGUAGCCGCUAUAUUCGCCUCCUCUCGCUCCUGGUUCAUCACCAACCCCAACAUGAAAAGGGAGAAAGACCAAUCCAGGCAGUCAUUGGUCGACUCCCUCUACAUCCUUAGUUGUUACGGCAACCUGGUGGAGCACGUCCUGGAGCCCCGGCCGAUCAGCACGGCGCAGAAGAUCAGUGACGACACACCUCUGGAGCUCAACACCUGUCCACGCGCCUGCUGGACGCUAGCAAGGACACCGCAGUGGAACGAGCUCCAGCCACCGUUCAAUACCAACCACCCCUUGGUGCAGGCCUCAGACCUGGUGCAGUACUACCAGUACCUCCUGGCUGGACAGGUCCCCCCUGGAAGCCCUGGGCCAAUCACACGCCACGAGUCCUACGACAGCCUGUCAUCGGACCACAGCGGGCAGGAGGAUGAGGAGUGGCUCUCGCAGGUGGAGAUCGUGACCCACACCGGGCCUCACCGCCGGCUCUGGAUGGGCCCCCAGUUCCAGUUCAAGACCAUCCACCCAUCCGGCCAGACCACGGUCAUCUCCUCCUCCUCCUCCGUCCUCCAGUCCCACGGGCCCACUGACACCCAGCAGCCCCUGCUGGACUUUGACACGGAUGACCUGGACCUGCACAGCCUCAGGAUCCAGCCGGUGCGUUCAGAGCCAGUGAGCAUGCCCGGCGCCUCAAGGAUCGUCGCUGAGCGUCGAGGACAGUCCAACGCCAUCGAUACCGGAUCUGGAGCGUUUGACCGCAGCGUGACCCUGCUGGAGGUGUGCGGCAGCUGGCCCGAGAGCUUUGGGCUGCGUCACAUGAGCUCCGUGGACACCACGGAGGAGGGGCUUCGGGAACGCCUCGCCGACGCCAUGUCCGAGUCACCGUCCAGAGAAAUACUGGGCUCUGCUACAGAGCUCCAGAGGGAGGGCAGCAUUGAGACGCUCAGCAACAGCUCCGGCUCCACCAGCGGCAGCAUCCCCCGGAACUUUGAGGGCUACCGCUCGCCCCUGCCCACCAACGAGAACCAGCCCCUCAGCCUCUUCCCCACCAGCUUCCCCUAGACGGCAGCCCUCCUCCCUGCAGGCCUACACAAGACAAUCCAGGGGGCACACAGUCUGCCUCGUUAUAUUCAGAUAGCAAUGUGUUGUUGGCAACAUUUCAAACUUGCCCACUUCCGUUAAAAGGCCCUUUUGGGUUGUAGACAGUGACCUCCUUUCAAAUAAUAAGCCUGUGACUGUCUAACCACUCCAUAUUUGUGAUGAUUACCUGGUAAAUGAUGUUGCUCUCUCUUCUCCCCGCAGAGUGGCUCGUGGGCCUACCUGGCCUGGUGUGUGUUUGAGUGUGCGUGUCCAGUCUGCAUGGCAGGUAGACCGUGUUCUGCUUUGUCGGCUAAUCUGAGUGUGUGUGUUUGAAUGAGCAGCGUGUCUGGUGAUCUGUUGUUAAAGUUGUAUUUACUCACCAGUGUGGAGCUAAUUAUUUCUGAUCACGCCCCCUCCACCUGUGUGUACGUGUGAGGGAAACCAGUUUCCAUGUUCUCAUAACCUCCUGGUGAAAAUAUGUUUGUUUUUGGCUUUUAUGCAUUUAGAUGGGCUUUAAAAAAAUUAACUUAAUCUGACAUAUUUCUCAUAGCUCACUUUAGAUGAUUAAUUUGACUCAGUUACUUGUAGUUGCUAAACCGUCUGAGAAAAGUGUAGCUGCUUGGUAUAUUUGCAAAUUGUGACCAAUUCCUUUUUUUCAUUAAUACGUUUAGAAUGUAUUUGGUAAGUCACCGUGGUUUCUGUGGGUAACCUUGGGUGUCACUGUCUUCCUCUGAUGUCAUCAUAUUUGGAUUAUGAUGAAGCCAGAGGCAUGUGCUGUAGAAAAAUGUAAUCUGUCGUUGAACCUAAACCCACAAUUUGCCAGCUUGCUUUUCUAACAGUCUAAAUGAGUCAGCACUAUACUUGAGCAUACCACAUAUGACUUGAUCAACGCCUGAUGCACUAUUGAAAAUAAAAGUCACAUUAGCUAACAAAAAACGGGUUCUGAAAAUGUUCUUUGUUCUGGUUUGUUUUCAUUUAAAGAGAAUUGUAUAAAGUUAAAUGAUACAUCCCUUUCUCUCAUCUGAACAACUAUGUGCCACAGUUGUCAUAAUGAUGCAUGUUACAGAAAAGGGCAUGACUCUAUUCACCGUAAUGCAGAACAUGCUUGAUACUGACUGUAAUGCUUUGUAAAAUACCAAGUCAUUAUUUGCUUUACGUUAAUUAAAGUAAAAUAAGACUUGGGAAAUAUGUGUUUGUAGUUCUUAAAACGUGAAACCAAUUGUGUUGUCACCACUGUUCAUAAAAAUACUGGAUAAUAGCUAAACAAUGUUUAGGUGUUAUGACAAUGUACAGUUUGGUACUGGAAAUACAGUAUUCUUUAACCUAAAAUGAACAAGCCAAUUGUAAUUAAAUUACAUCAUUCAGAAUUCACGACAUUGUACCAAGAAAAUAUGCUGUUAUCAGUGACAAAAGCUGACACCACCAGUGUGCUCUUAUCCAAACAGUCAUUUAUUGUGUAAAACUCCCAGUG